AUGUCAGACCCCCUCGAAUCGAUCAGCUCGUCAUCGCCGACCUUUGAAGAUCUUAGCACCGAGGCCCUUACCUCGCCACUCUGCAGAGUUGACACGUUGGACACUGUAGUGUUGCUGUUGAUACCGGAUCAUGGCCCGAGAAAGCCCGAGAGGUCGGAUAAUGGUGCAAGUCGUCGGGGCACGUCCUCUUUCGAUCCGGAAAGCAACGCCGAGUAUCAAAGAUUCCUCGAACAAGAGGACACAGGAGUGAUGAAGAUGAAGAUGUCCAAUCUGCAAUUCGACAUGUUUGUGCAGGAAGAUGUCGCCCGUAGAGCUCAACGACAUGACGUCAAGAUUCUCACAAUUCGUCCUCCCAAGCUGCCAAUGACACCAAACUUUGAUCAUGUCGUCUACUCGGAAUCAGAAAAUGAGGUGGAGGAUGAAGUUGAGCAGGAGCAUGAACAGGAGGAGGAGAAGGAGGAGGAGAAGGAGGAGGAGGCGGCGCAGGAUAGUUCGCGCAUGAUGCAUGAUGGGAUUGAAGCAGUCUCCCAUGAUCGCGAGAGAGAUUUCAAGGCAAAUUCACCUGCUCAAUCAGGCACGUCAGAUGAUGGCUCUGAAGGCAGCGGCAGCUCGUCCAGUGAACUCGCCUUGAACAACAUUGCGAAUUUAGGUUCGGACAGCCUGAUGUCUCUGGACUUAUCGGAGAUGAUAGAAGAGGAAUCAAGAAGAGUUCUAGAAAAAUACAAGGUGAAGGUCAAGGAGGCUGUAUUCCAGGACUUUGAUCAGGAGAUGAUGAAGGCUGCUGUGAAUGCAGCCAAGGACGAGCUUGAGAUGCUCAUCAUGUACAAAGUGAAGAAGAAUGACUCAGCGAGUGACAUCAGCACAAACGCGAUGGUGAACCGGUUGAGGCAGAGCAAGAGGAUUGAGCUUGUCAGAAGGGGAGUAGAUGGCCGUUGGCCAGCCUUGCAAGAGGAGCUCCUACAGGAGGCAGAACAUUGGAUCAGCCUCAAAGAAUCUGAGGAGAUCGAAAACGACUUCACCGACGACAGUCAUGUGUUUCGCAUUCGCUACAUAGAUGACAUCGAUUGA